GUCCUAAAGAGGAUUUCCGAUUUUUGAAAUCGAAAGCAGAUCUGCUGUUCCCACGGGCACGAGGAAGAGACACGGUACAAUUUACUGAAACAUUGUGUUUCUUUGUUUGAUUUGCAGUAGUUACCUUUAGCAACUUUACUUAAUGCCAUCAUCGUAGGAAAUCGUUUCAAAAAUUCAGCAUGGCAGCCAAAGAACUUAUGAGAAGUAAUAAGACAUCUAUUCAGGAGACUUUGUGUGCAGACUACAUGCUAAUCCUCAACAAAGCUGUUCAGAACAACCUGAUAACUUCACGUGAGUACAACAAUCUGAAAGGGAUCAACAGACUAAAUGAAGAGGGCCACGUUGUGGAGUUUGUGGAUAAGGUCAUGAACAAAGGAGAGGAGACCUGCCAAGCCUUCCUGACCCUUCUGCAAACUGAUGACGAAAUCCAGCAGACGUACCCUCAGCUGAAGAACAUGCUGAAGAAGGAAACCUGCCUCUUACCUUACUCUGUCCAAGCUUGUUCAGAUGAAAACACCGAUGAUCAGAAACAAAUGCGACAAGAGGAAUAUGAGUUGAACAGCCAGCCCACCGGCCUCUGCCUGAUCAUCAACAACGUAAAUUUUUUGUAUAGUAAAGGGAGAACUGGAUCUGAUAAAGAUGUUGAAAGCCUGGCAGAGGUCUUCAGCUGGCUGAGGUUCAGAGUGCUGAUGUGUAAAGACCAAACCAAGGACCAGAUGAAGCGAGUGCUGGAAUGCUUUGCUUCUCAGUGUGACCCCUCUCUGCUGAAGGAGUUCAAUGUCAAGGAGUGGACUCACAGCAGAUUCAUCGAUCUUCAAGAGGCCCCUAAGCAUGGCGAUGCCUUCAUCUGCUGUGUUCUUAGUCACGGAAACAAGGGCGUCGUAUUUGGGAUUGAUGACGAGCCCCUCGCUAUCAAAGAAAUAACGAAAACCUUCAUGGCAUCUCAUCAAUCUCCCCUUACUGACAAGCCCAAAGUGUUCCUGAUCCAGGCCUGCCAGGGAGUGGCUCCACAUCCUGGGGUGUUAUUAAAAGAUCUGCAGGGUGAUAACCCUCACCCGAUAUUCAUCCCUCAGGAAUCAGAUGUUCUGGUUAAUAUUGCCACUGUCGAAGAUUGUGAGGCUUUUAGAAACAUAAAAACGGGGAGCUGGUUCAUCCAAUCUGUCUGUAAGCAGUUGAAGGAGGGCUGUCCGAGGAAUGAAGAAAUUGAAGUCAUCCUCCGCCGCGUGAACAAUGAAGUAGCCCAGAAAGAGGGCAGUUCAGUGCCUGGUGCAAGAAAGCAGAUGCCCGAAAUUAGGCACACCCUGAGGAAGAGACUUGUGUUGACUCCACAUCGAAACUGAAGCCUCAUCACCCAAAAUAAUGCAACUGCUAACCAAAUGUGUCUACCAAUUGUCUUAGUUAAGGAAGUAUAAUCAGGUGGGGGGUUUUCUUAAAAUGCAAUUAAUAGAUUUUUAUAAUAAUUAAUCUGUCUAUGUUUUUCAUCAUCACAUUAAAUCAUUUUCUUUUAUAUUAUAACAGAUUUUCUUUGCAGAAUAAAUCAGUUUUUAUACCCAAAGAA